ACCCUGAAUAAAUAUUUGCUCAUUGAGAGGAGACUGUGACUGUGCAGUAUCGACAUGUUUGGAUUUAUCAAGACGUCUGGACAGUCAUUUGGUUCAUAGGAAAGUGUCCCAUUUCUGAUCUGUGGUGUUUGAUAAGUGGCAGAACUAUGGACCAUCCUCUGGUGUUGGUUCUCAUCCUGGUGCUGCUCAACUUCAAUACAGAUGUCUCUGGCCAGGUGAUGGUUCCCUCGAUGAACCCCUUAGCUGUGGGCAGUAAUGUCACCCUGAACCUAGUUCCUGAAAGCCCCAUCAACAUAGGGACCUGGUCAUAUGAAACUACAACCAUUGUACUUUUCUAUCCUGGUGGCAGUAUUGUGAGUACAAGUUAUCAAGGCAGAGUCUCAUUCAACCAAUCCUCCGCAGAGCUGUCCAUAAGCUCUCUCCAACUCAACGACUCAGGUCUGUAUACCGUGCAGGGAAUGGAGCCAGUCCUGAACGCUGUGGUGACCUUGUCUGUCCAGGAGCCCAUUUCAAACGUGACUCUCAGAGCCAACGCCACUGAUCUAGUGGAAUUAAACGACACUGCCAUUUUCACCUGCUCCGUCUCCUCUGGCACCUCCCUCUCCUACCGCUGGAUGAAUGGCAGCUCAGAGGUUGCAGCCAGUGACCGAGUUCGGCUUGGUGUUGGGAACAGCACUCUCUUCAUAGUCAGUGUGACACGAUACGAUGAAGGGCCGUUCAGUUGUGAGGUCAUUAAUGGAAUCAGCAAUGGCAUUAGCCAGCCCAUUGGCCUCAAUGUUAGAUAUGGCCCAAGUAAACUCACCAUGAUGGUAGUUCCUGAGAUGAUCAUAGGACAUACAGCCUACAUGAUGGGCUCUGUCAUCACUCUGUCCUGCUCCGCUCAGUCCAAACCCGCUGUGUCCUACAAGUGGAGGUUUAAUGGGGUGUUCCUCAACGAGCAAAGUCCACAGCUGAGCCUGCAGAACACCAGGGAGAACCAGACAGGAAGUUACACCUGCUUAGCCCACAACGAUGUCACACUCCGAUACGCCACCAUGACCACAAUGAUAAAGAUCGUGGAGCCAAUAUCAGCGGUGUCGUUGAACCGUGAUGGGAAGCCACCAAUACUGGAUCAGUCGUUCACUCUGCGGUGUGAGGUGACUGGACCUGUAGACUACAUUCACUGGCUGAUGAACGGCCAGCUCAUCUCCCUAAACAACAGAACAUUCUUCUCUACGGACAACAAGACAAUGGUUAUCAACCCAAUCCAGUUUUCUGACAGUGGAGAAUAUCUCUGUGAGGCCUUUAAUGCUGUCAGUAACAAGACCAGCAUGACAUACACGCUUGUGGUGAACUAUGGUCCAGAGAGACCUGUUAUCAUGAGUCCGGACAUAGCGAUGACAGGAUACACAGUGACCUUCAACUGCACUGCCUCCUCUCAGCCUCCCAGCCAGUUCAGCUGGUUCUUCAAUGGCUUUCAGGUGGCGGCUGGCUCAGUGUAUAAGACUGGCCCACUGACCUUAGCCAGUCAUGGGGAGUACACCUGUAUGGCCUUCAACAACAUCACUGACAGAAACAGCACUGUCUCCAAGAUGCUCAUUGUCAUUGAACCAGUAACCAUGGCCAUGGUAAAAGUCAUGGGUGCCCAACCAAUAGCAGACAACGUGUUUACUCUGAUGUGUGAGACCACUGGAACCAUUUACUCCAUUCACUGGAUGAAAAAUGGCUGGCCUCUGUAUGCUGAUAACAGAACAGACUUCUCUAUGGACAACAAUACACUGACCUUCAACACUGUCCAGGAUUCUGACAACGGAGACUAUCAGUGUUCUGCCUACAACCCCCUCAGCAACAUGACCAGCACAGAAUACAGACUGAUCGUCAACUAUGGUCCAGAGAGACCUGUUAUCAUGAGUCCGGACAUAGCGAUGACAGGAUACAUCGUGACCUUCAACUGCACUGCCUCCUCUCAGCCUCCCAGCCAGUUCAGCUGGUUCUUCAAUGGCUCCCAGGUGGAGACUGGCUCAGUGUAUGAGACUGACCCACUGACCUUAGCCAGUCAUGGGGAGUACACCUGUAUGGCCUUCAACAACAUCACUGGCAGAAACAGCACUGUCUCCAAGAUGCUCAUUGUCAUUGAACCAGUAACCAUGGCCAUGGUAAAAGUCAUGGGUGCCCAACCAAUAGCAGACAACAUGUUUACUCUGACAUGUGAGACCACUGGAACCAUUUACUCCAUUCACUGGAUGAAAAAUGGCUGGCCUCUGUAUGCUGAUAACAGAACAGACUUCUCUAUGGACAACAAUACACUGACCUUCAACACUGUCCAGGAUUCUGACAACGGAGACUAUCAGUGUUCUGCCUACAACCCCCUCAGCAACAUGACCAGCACAGAAUACAGACUGAUCGUCAACUAUGGUCCAGAGAGACCUGUUAUCAUGAGUCCGGACAUAGCGAUGACAGGAUACAUCGUGACCUUCAACUGCUCUGCCUCUUCUCAGCCUCCCAGCCAGUUCAGCUGGUUCUUCAAUGGCUCCCAGGUGGAGACUGGCUCAGUGUAUAAGACUGACCGACUGACCUUAGCCAGUCAUGGGGAGUACACCUGUGUGGCCUUCAACAACAUCACUGACAGAAACAGCACUGCCUCCAAGAUGCUCACCAUCAUUGCACCUGUGACCAUGACCAUGGUGAAAGUCAUUGGAGCCCAGCCAAUACUGAACGAGAGAUUCUCUCUGACCUGUGAGACCGCUGGAACGGUUUUCUCCAUUCACUGGAUGAGGAACGGCUGGCCUCUGUAUGCUGACAACAGAACAGACUUCUCUAUGAACAACAAUACACUGACCUUCAACUAUGUCCAGGAUUCUGACAUCGGAGACUAUCAAUGUUCUGCUUCCAACCCCCUCAGCAACAUGACCAGCACAGAAUACAGACUGAUCGUCAACUAUGGACCAGAAGCUCCUGUUAUAACAGGACCAGCAUUAGGAGAAACAGGACACAACCUGACCUUCAACUGCUCUGCCUCCUCUCAGCCUCCCAGCCAGUUCAGCUGGUUCUUCAAUGGCUCCCAGGUGGUGACUGGCUCAGUAUAUGAGACUGGCCCACUGACCUUAGCCAGUCAUGGGGAGUACACCUGUAUGGCCUUCAACAACGUCACUGGCAGAAACAGCACUGUCUCCAAGAUGCUCACUGUUGUUGAACCAGUCACCAUCACCAUGGUGAAAGCCAUGGGGUCCCAGCCAAUACUGAACCAGACAUUCUCUCUGACCUGUGAGACCACUGGAACCAUUUACUCCAUUCAGUGGAUGAGGAACGGCUGGCCUCUGUAUGCUGACAACCGAAUACACUUCUCUAUUGACAAUAAUACACUGACCUUCAACUCUGUCCAGCAUUCUGACAACGGAGACUAUAAGUGUUCUGCCUCCAACCCCCUCAGCAACAUGACCAGCACAGAAUACAGACUGAUCGUCAACUAUGGUCCAGAGAGACCUGUUAUCAUGAGUCCGGACAUAGCGAUGACAGGAUACAUCGUGACCUUCAACUGCACUGCCUCCUCUCAGCCUCCCAGCCAGUUCAGCUGGUUCUUCAAUGGCUUUCAGGUGGCGGCUGGCUCAGUGUAUAAGACUGGCCCACUGACCUUAGCCAGUCAUGGGGAGUACACCUGUAUGGCCUUCAACAACGUCACUGGCAGAAACAGAACUGUCUCCAAGAUUCUCACUGUUAUUGAACCAGUCACCAUCACCAUGGUGAAAGCCAUGGGGUCCCAGCCAAUACUGAACCAGACAUUCUCUCUGACCUGUGAGACCACUGGAACCAUUUACUCCAUUCAGUGGAUGAGGAACGGCUGGCCUCUGUAUGCUGACAACCGAAUACACUUCUCUAUUGACAAUAAUACACUGACCUUCAACUCUGUCCAGCAUUCUGACAACGGAGACUAUAAGUGUUCUGCCUCCAACCCCCUCAGCAACAUGACCAGCACAGAAUACAGACUGAUCGUUAACUAUGGCCCAGAGAGACCUGUUAUCAUGAGUCCGGAUAUAGCAAUGACAGGAUACACAGUGACCUUCAACUGCACUGCCUCCUCUCAGCCUCCCAGUCAGUUCAGCUGGUUCUUCAAUGGCUCCCAGGUGGCAACUGGCUCAGUGUAUAAGACUGGCCCACUGACCUUAGCCAGUCAUGGGGAGUACACCUGUGUGGCCUUCAACAACAUCACUGUCAGAAACAGCACUGUCUCCAAGAUGCUCACCAUCAUUGAGGCUAUAACGUCGGUGACGGUGAAACAAAACAAAUUACCAAUAGCAUCUGACAACCUAACCCUGACCUGUGACGUCACCGGGCGCUAUGACACCAUCUACUGGAUGAAGGACAACCUGUCUCUGGUCCUGAACAACACCUUGAACUCUGACAUCACCAUCUCUAACAACUCUCUGCACUUCAGUCCAGUCAAGUUGUCUAACGAUGGAAACUAUCAGUGCGUUGCCACCAACCUCUUUGGUCCAAACACCAGCCCUAAAUACCAGCUACUGGUGAACUAUGGCCCUAAGAGUGUGAAUAUCACUGGCCCAGUCUCAGUGGUGAUUGGCUCAGUAACCACAGUUACACUGAAGUGCUCUGCCGACUCCCGGCCAAUCAGCGAGUACGGGUGGAAAUUCAACAGUCAAUCAGUGCUUGGGACUGGACCUAUGAUCGCUGUUAUUGCCUCCUUGGAGAAUGCAGGGGACUACACUUGUGUGGCCAAGAACCCUGUGACCAACAUCUCAAUGUCCAAGACCAUUAGUCUGGAUGUUACUGGCCACUCGAAUGCCCCUCCAUUCCAGGCCAGAGUUGGUCUGAUGCUAACAGCCCUGAUAGCUCUCUCUCUCUGCCUCUGAUCAAGCACUGAGACCACCACAGUAAGCACACUGCAUGUCUGUCUGCUGGUUGGGAGCCAAUAACUCCCUUCCCUCUACCCUCACUGACUCACAUUGUUGAUCUGAAAAAGGACUAGAUAGGAAUAAGUGGUAUUGUUGAUAUUGUAAUUGCCCCAUCUUGUCACCAAAGGGCUGGAUUUAGUAUGCUCAGCUCCUUUCCAAUGCUUUUAGAUUGUGAGGAGAGAGUCAACAAGAGGUCAGAUGGGAGAGGUCUAUCCCCUUAGAAUAGAACCCACCUCUACAGUGUGUUUAUAUGUCAAUCAUAUCUAUAAAUAACAACCAAAAUCUUGAAACUGGUCUUCAACAUGGUCAUUGAAUGGGCAAACAUCUACUGCUCAGCUGCGCUGCCUAUUUCUGUUUCUAAUGAAAUGUUCUUAGAUAUUCACUGCCCUUGUGACUGUGACUAUUGCCCUUUCUGUGUUUGAUGAUGUAUGUAAACUCUGUUCAAGUACAAAUUCUGGUUUAUUUAACUUAUAAAUACCUUAAAGUUAAAUGUUUCAAACGAUAAUACAUUUAGCUGGUGUUUAUGUUUAACAUUAUUGUUAUUCACAUUAAAUGUAUAAGCUUGUAAAUCCUCAGAGGAGAUGCAGGCUUGUGCUAUUGUCUUAUAUUUAUAUUUCCUCUUCAUUAAUUAUUGUCUUAAAUAAAGUGCUGUCUUUUCACACCUGUAUUACUAAA